AUGUAUAGUGACACUGGUGAAACCAUUGAGCCAGGCGAUGCGACAAUGAUUUUUUCUGAUGGCACAUUGCAAUUCGUCGAUAAUAUGGAAACAGUUAUUGUGUGUGCCACGAAACAAAGCAAAGCAGUUGUAUUGGUCGAAUUCCGCGACAAAAUCGUAGCAGCUUUCAUGUUGAGCAGUGAUCGAGGUAUGUUGGUUAAACACCUAAAUGAACGUGGAGGCUAUAUCCCGAUCGGAUACAAGAACACAGCUAUUGCACUGUUGGUGUUGCCGGGUGAUCAACCGUUCAUUGGUCAAAUUCGCGUUAAGUCUAUGGGCGAGGGCGAAAACGACCAAACGGGCCAAAUUCGCAUCGGUGACAUGCACAACCCACGAAUUUACGUUCCUGAAACCAUGAUGGUUAUGUAUCAACAUUUGAGAAAUGAGGAGAAGACUGGCAAACGUCCUGUAAAUAAAUACACGUUUGCCCAACACGAACUUUCAUUGCAGACAAACAAAUAUCCAAUGAAAAACAUUGGCAAACUGGGACGCAUUUUCAGUGAACAAGAAGCCAUGAAAUGGCUGGAAAAAGCAACGAAUUUUACCCCCAUCGAAAAGUCGUUGCAAGCCGAAUUUGUGUUAGGCGGAAAAAAUGUGUGCGCGAUUUUUUAUCCGAAGCAACAGUGCGAAUAUGUUCAAGCCAUGUGCAAAAGCCUGGGUUUUUCCGAAAAACCACAGUUUGAUGAAAAUGAAACAUUCGAACUAUCAUCAAGUUCAGCAACCGAUGGUGAAACUAUCGAAACAAAUUCAGAAGAUGGCUCUGAUGAAAGUAAAACCGUUCAAGGCAUUGAACCAAAGUCUCAUUUGGCAUCAUUCGGUGUUGUCCCUGCAAUGGAUUGGAAAACAGUUAGUAUUGCGAACGCCAGUGAAGAAACAAAACUGGAACCGGAAUCGUUUGGCGCUACUUCAUUGGGCUGGACAGGUUCCGCUGGAAUUGGUUCUGGCUAUUGUGCACCCCCCGAUGAAGGAACAACGCAGAAUCUUGGAAUGAAUGCAAAGGCAAGAUCGGGUGAGAGCCAAACAGUUCAGGGCAUUGAAUCAAAGUUUCAUUCGCCAUCAUUCGGUGUUGUUCCUGCAAUGGAUUUGAAAACAGUUGGUAUUGGCUCGGACGAUAUACAACUGGAUGGUCAUUGUACACCUACAAAAAAAAAAUCAAAGUCUCAUGUACGAAAGAAUGUCAGUGCAAAGAAAGCCGCUGAAGACACCCAUGCACAUAAUGAAUUCAUGGAACAGAAUCGACGAUUGGCUCAAGAAUCAUUUGCUCGAUUGAUGGAAUUUCAUGUGAAAUCCUUGGAUCAAAAGCAAAAUAUGCUGCAACAAAAUGCUGCCAUGGCACCAGACCAAAAUAAGCCUUAA